CGGGCUCCUUAUAUUCAUAUUACCUAUUGUACACUCCGUCUUGUUCACCCCUUCACCGAGUUCGGGUCGCGAUAAUCAGAUCUCCGCUCCCAUGCUCGCAGAUAUCCCUUCGACUCUUCAAUCGUACACAGAGACGUCCGGACGUCUUACACCUUACCUUACUUUCACACAACCAACGUAUCUAUCGCGCAUUCGUCUUGUCUUCAGUACUGCCACCUCUCACAUUCAUCAUGUCCGUCAACAGCAAACCCAAGGGCGUUGCUGGGCCGAAAGGCGAUAAACCGAGCUCACUGUCCGACGAGGAUGCCGAAGAGCUGCGGAAGCUUGAUGAGGCGUACGCGCGCAUCCGUAAAGUUAUACCCGACACGCCCUACUUUCUCACAGUCCCGCAAGACGAGCCGCGAUAUCACCAUCAUUCGAGACAAGAGGCGGAAGCUUGGAUGAGCGGACUUGGGACUAUGUUCGAGAGCCAUGAAGAAAAUAUGCAGUAUGCGACAUUCAUAUACCGCGAGCAAGGUGACAAUUGUUUCGUAUGCCGGACCGCAGUGGAUGAGGACCGUGACAGGAAAGCAAAAGCCGGACGGAACGCUGCACCAGCCAACAAAAAUUACCUGGGGGGUUCUUCCAACAAGAGGGUGUCCCUGGGAUCCUACUUGGGAAAGUCGAACGGAAUCAGCAAGAGUCAGAGCCAGAGCAAGAACUCGGCGAGUCAGCCGAAGGUUGAAGCGAAGCGUACAGGAUCCGACGAUGAGCCAGCUCAGUCGUUCAAGACAGACUCUCCUCAAGCUAAUGGAGUCCACGAGUCGUCAAGGGCUUCCGACAAGGUCGUCAAUCAUAAACAGACAAAGCGAGAACCGUCACCUAAAUCCGAUCCACCACGCAAUGGCAAGCGAGCUUUUGAAGAGGAUGAGAAUCAGUCGACAGAUGCGCACAAGCCUGCUGACGAAGUUCGUUCCAUGAAGCGAUCUAAAACCUCACCCGGCCCUGAUGUCAAGAAGCCCUCCGUCCAUAUGGAAGUUCCUUCUACCUCAACUCCUCACGACUUGCCACCUCUUCUGUCUCCAAUUCUCAACAAAUACGACCUGCCUCCAUUACUAUCACCCACAUUGCCUCCCCAAAUCCAGCAAGAGCUAGACAAGGAUGGGGUUCACCAAAGACUUCGAGGCAUAUCAGAUGCGUCAAGCUCUUCUGAAUCUAAAUCCCGAAUAGCCUCCAAGACAGUUCCACAUACUGUCGUGACUGCCCCGAAACCGGACAGUUCACAACCCGAGACUGAUCAUAGAUCGCUACAACCGGCCUUUGACCCAACAGCAGCUGCUGCGCCGGUAAAACUCCCAGAGAGGCUAGUGGUGAAGCUCAGAUAUGGUCGAAAGCAGCGACAAAUGAUUGAUCGGAUACUGAAGUUGCCUUCGGGUGGGACACCGAAGAAGUCGGAUGUGAAGCGGGAUCGCUCACGAGAUCCUCCCCCUUCCACAUCGACAUCGAAGUCCAAGAAUCCACCGCUCAAGCCGUCAAUAGACAAGGUGUCUAAGCCCAGAGAGCCCCAUGCUCCAUUGAAGGAACCAAAGAGUUCCACCUCAGCAACAUCUACCACUCGCCCAGUUGCAGAGAAGCGUCCUAGGUCUGAUGAUACCACAUCACUCCCAAUCAAGCGCCACAAGAACAACAGCAGCGUCGACCUCAAACCUCCGCAAACUCCAGCACAGGCAUCAAUGUCACCGCCUGGAACAUCAGUCUCGUCGACUAUACAGAGACCUAAGCAGUAUCUGACGCCGAAGAAGGAGCACAGACCUGUGAACCUAGCACGUACCACAUCAGACCAAGGGGUCGACAAUCUGACUCCUGCAAGUGUAUACCUGUCAGUCAAAGGAUCCGGAGGUAGAGGCGCCCCGUCUUCCGCACCGCAGCGCAAGCAGCCGGAUAUUGACGCUUGGAGAGCUCGUUCUGUCGAGUUCGGUACCUUUGGCAAGUCGCUGAAGCGAGAAUACGAAGCCUUAGCCCAGAAACCAAACCCUUCCGAAGAAGACAAGCAGUGGUGCGCCGUGCGAAGUCUCGAGUGUAUCUUAGCAUACAUUGCAGCCUUCGCAGCAGGUGACUAUGGCGGUCGCCUUCAACGCACCGGUCUGUCAAACGCCUGGCGCGACCUUCUUCCGAUGUGUGAGCGCUUCGCAUACGCUACUCGCUACUUCCCCGACCUCGACGCUCUCCGUCUGCACCUCAUCGUCGUGGUCAUCUCCCGAAUCGUCCUCGUUCUGUCACAGCGCACCGAUGCCCUCCUCACCGACCCUGCCGCGCCUGCUCCUGACUCACCAAAAGGCAUCCUUGCAAUGUACAAAGAACUCUCGACCCACGUAAAGAAACAGAGCCGCAUAGCACUUGACGCGUCGCGCGCAUUGCCGAUGCAGAAGCUCAUGGAGCAGUUCCCCGAGACGUGGGCCGGGCGUGAGAGGGUGAUGGAUCCCUUGGAGUGGGAAGAUCUAAAGCCUGGUGAUCUUGGGCGAACCGGACCAUACUGGAUUCAUGCCGGUCUUGAGACGACACCGGUUCAGGCCGUGCGGUUUGGACUGAAGUUUCUGGCCGAGUGGAUGCGCACUAAAAGCGAAUUGAAGAGUGGGAAGGUCAAGGUUGUGCUAUAGGGCUACCCUGAAAAAAACAGAUAAUGCGCUACGACGAU